UUACGCGCACAUGCAUGCACGGACGCACAGACACACAGCCUGAUAUGUCUAUACACACAUGGACACAGACACACGCACACCAUCCAUCUCUCCGGUUCUCUUCUGCUGCCUUCACAUGCGUCUCCGCGACUCUGCGUAGCGCUGGCUGCGCAAAGAUGAGCGUGGUCGAACCGGUGCCAUCUGAACGUCUCACCGCCUGACUGACCCGGAGACCGGAGAGAGAGAGAGAGAGAGAGAGAGAGAGAGAGAGAGAGAGAGAGAGAGAGAGAGAGAGAGAGCCCUUUCCUCCCUCAUAACCCAUCUUCCAUUCGCUUGGCAGACACCGCAGCACAAGCCGCUUCGUUCGGCAUCUUUUCUUUUUUUUCACUCCCCCCCUCUUCUCCUCCUCUUGCGGCAUCCUUCCGCUAUUGUCGGUCCCGCGGUUCGUAGUAGGAACACCGGAGAGCCCGGUGGUGAUUGUGUGGACAUACUUUUUUUGGCCUUUUUUCCCUGGGUGUUGGUAGCGCGCAGUUGGUGCGCGCCUGCAAAUUCCGGUGAAUGGUGGAUUUGGCAAACAUGGAGACCGUGGAGAAGGAAUGCGGGGCCCUCGGGGGUCUAUUCCAGGCGAUUGUCAACGACAUGAAGUGCUCCUAUCCUGUAUGGGAGGACUUCAGCGCCAAGGCCACCAAGCUCCAUUCCCAGCUCCGAACCACUGUUCUGGCUGCUGUGGCCUUCCUGGAUGCCUUUCAGAAGGUAGCAGACAUGGCUACCAACACCAGAGGAGCGACCAGAGAUAUUGGUUCAGCUCUGACCAGGAUGUGCAUGAGGCAUCGCAGCAUUGAGGCCAAACUUCGCCAGUUCACAAAUGCUUUGAUGGAGAGUCUGAUCACUCCCCUUCAAGACAAGAUUGAAGACUGGAAGAAGACAGCCAACCAGCUGGAUAAGGAUCAUGCCAAAGAGUACAAGAGGUCACGCCAUGAGAUCAAGAAGAAGUCAUCUGACACCAUGAAACUACAGAAGAAGGCUCGUAAAGAGAUCCAGGGCCGAGGUGACCUGCAGCCCCAGCUGGACAGUGCCAUGCAGGAUGUGACCGACAUGUGCCUGUUGAUGGAGGAGACGGAGAAGCAGGCGGUGCGCCGUGCUCUGGUGGAGGAGAGGGGACGCUUCUGCACCUUCAUUGGCUUCCUCCAGCCUGUUGUGAACGGAGAGAUCGCCAUGCUGGGAGAGAUCACCCACCUCCAGGCCAUCAUUGAUGACCUCACUGUGCUGACAACUGACCCCCACAAACUGCCCCCUGCCAGUGAACAGGUGAUUAAAGACCUUAAGGGCUCAGACUAUACCUGGUCCUAUCAGACCCCUCCUUCAUCCCCAAGCAGCUCCGGUUCACGGAAGAGCAGCAUGUGCAGCAGCGUCAACAGUGCCCACAGUAGCGCCUCCCGCUCAUCAGGGGGAGGCAGUAGUGGUGGUAUAGGUGGUGGUGGUGGAGGCUCCCAGCCUCACUCACCAACUUCUUCCUCCUCCUCCUCCUCCAUUCGAUACCGCAGCAGCCUGCCACACCAGCCUCCGCCACCGGGGGGCAUCGCUGCCCACCGCCUCAGCAGCGUCUCCUCUCACGAUUCAGGCUUCGUCUCCCAGGAUGCAAACAUCUACUCCAAACCCCCCUCACCCAUGCCUUCCGACAUCACCAGCCAGAAGUCAUCCAGCUCAGCAUCAUCAGAGGCCUCAGAGACAUGUCAGUCUGUCAGUGAAUGCAGCUCCCCCACCACUUUUGGCUCGUCCUUCGCUACCUUCCGCCCCGCUCUCUCUCACUCUGGCUCCACCAGACCUCUCUCUGUCAUUCUUCCUGUUCCUGCGUCCCCACCCUAUAUUCGCCCCUCUGGAUCCAGCUCCUCCUCUCCCACAUCAAAGGUUCCUAUCUGGAAGGACUGGUCUAAAGCAGGUCAGUAUGAGCAGCCAGUGGCCGCUGCAGCAGUUCAGAGGAGAAAGGAGCCUCUCGAUAGGCUGAGGGAGAGCGAGGCGUCCCCCGGAUCACAGGGGUAUUCUGGACCGUCGCACGCCGAUGACGGACAGAGACCCAGGAUGACCCCGGCAACCAUCGCUGCCAAGCAUGGGGAGGAGGUUUCUCCAGCAGCCAGUGAUUUGGCCAUGGUGCUGACCAGAGGACUGAGUAUGGAGCAGCAGAAAAGCAGCAGAGACUCCCUGCAGUAUUCUAGUGGCUACAGCACAGAAACCACAACCCCGUCCUGCUCUGAGGACACAAUCCCAUCGCAAGGUUCAGAUUAUGACUGCUACUCAGUGAACGGUGACGCUGAAGGCCCAGACGGACAGACAGAGUUCGACAAGUCCUCCACUAUUCCUCGGCAUUCCAACAUUGCACAGAACUACCGCCGUAUGAUCCAGACCAAGAGGCCCGCCAGCACUGCCGGCCUACCCACUGGGGUGCUUGGGCCUGGGGCUCAUGGGAUACAACCUGGUGGAGCCAGUGGAGGCGGAGCAGGGACUCCAGGCACUGCCACCAUCCGUCGAACCCCAUCUACUAAACCGGGCGUGAGGCGCACACUGUCCAAUGCAGGGCCAAUUCCCAUCCGACCACCCAUUGUGCCUGUCAAGACGCCCACUGUACCGGGGGACUCACAUUCACCUGGUGCAACAGGGGGUGGGUACGCAGGUGGAGGGCACGCAGGAGGUGUGCCCGUACGUGUGGGUAGUGAGGAGUGUGUGUUCUUUACUGGAGUUGAGGACUCACAGGGAGCGCUUGAUUAUGUGAAGGCAUCACCCAAGCGCCUCAGCUUGCCUAACACCGCCUGGGGAUCAGGCGCUGCAUUAGAGGUCUACGCUCAGCAGCAUGGAGGCCUUGCAAUGGGAACAGGUUCAGGGGCUGGAUCAGAGGAAGACCAAAUGAUUGCAGCCAACCGGCAUAGCCUUGUUGAGAAGAUCGGUGAAUUAGUAGCCAGUGCUCAUGCCCUUGGAGAGGGGCAGUUUCCUUUCCCCGCUCUUCCCGAUGACCCGACCCCAGCAGCAACUGGCUCCGCCGAGGCUCAGACAGGGACAGAGGGGGGCGAAGGGACCGGUGACAUGUUGACAACCAUCAGGAGAGGAGUCCGUCUUCGCAAGACCGUCUCCAAUGACCGCUCAGCGCCACGCAUCUUGUGAUUGGAGGGGAAAAAAUGGAAGCGGAAAAUGCUUGUCAGCCAGUAGGGAGUCCGGUGUUGGUGUGGUGCAACCCAACCGCCUAGUAAAUACACAAAAACUUAACCAUGUAGGGAAAUCUAUAAUAUAACAGAAGAUGAAUGAAAACAAAAACAGACACAAAAAUAAGUUUUAAGACAUCAUUAGAGUAAAUAUAUAAUAUAAUGAUAAUAAUAACGUUAAUAAUAAUGUUAACACAUGCUGACAGUUAAAGUUGAAUACUGAAUAUUGACAGGCUCCUAGCAGGCCACUAUAACUAGUGUGUGUUGGACGCAUGUUUGUCUUCUCUACACCCUCACCCAGGGAUGGACAGAUCCGCAGGAAAAACAGAUAAGAAAAAAAAGAGGAGAGCAAGAAAGGAGAGAAAGACUGGGUUCUGUUUGCCAACUCAUGCCCUUCCCGAUUGUCUUCUCCAACUAACCCGACUGUCUAAUCCCACAUGAAAGACUGAUGACUGAAGGAGGGGCCGUAGGGGCCAGAGAGGGGGCGUUAGAGUGCCAUGUGACCAGCUGGAUUUGACCCAGGCUGUCUCAGCAGCAGCACACUGUACCUAUUAGCCCACUGAACUGAAGCUUUGGUAUUAGCAUGGGGAGCUAACAAGCCAGAGGACUCCUCUGGUUCAUGAAGAGUCUUUAAAAAAUAGAGUUGGCAUUGAACCAUGCUAGUGCCCCCUUCCCCUCUCUCUCUCUCUGUAUGUAGUGUGCGCGUGCAUUCAUGUGUAUGCAUGUGGACAAGUGAAAAGCAGGAGCGUAUGCACAUUUGAUUGUGUGGAUGUGUGUGGAUGUAUGUGUGCGAGGGGGGUGGGUAGAGCUCUGCUGCAGGACAGCUGGUUACCCAUUGAGGGCAGGGCUUUUCUCCUGUGUGUUGUGCGUGUAUUUGCUUGUUUAUAUUGUGACGUCAUUACCUUGUUACCACUGUACGAGAAGUUACGAGAAGUAAUCCAGGCGUAUAGAUAUAUUCAUAUAUAUUUUCUAGAACCAGAGAGAAAAUGUUAAUCUGAAAUGGAGCAAUAAAUGUGUUUUAUUUUCUUGUUUCGAAGAAGAGAAUCGAUUGGGGGAAUUGUAGGUUCUCCUUUGUCACAUUCAAGCAAUCAUCAGGAAUGCUAAAUUACACAUCGACUGUGAAUUCAUGCCUAGCCAGUUAUGGCGUGUGUCUCUCUCUCUCAGUCUCAGUCUCUUUCUGGGUGGGGAAAUAGAUUAAAAAACUGUUGAAAAAAAAGGAAAACUGCAAGCACUUUGAUAGGUGGUAGAGUAUGUACAAUAGCCACUAGAUGUUGCUGUAGUCAUACUGUGUAAUCGAGAGAGUGAAAGUGAGAGAGUUGGUUGCCAAUAAAACUGUCCUUGGACAAAGUGAGAGUAACCUGAGGAAAUUAUUUAAUUUAGAAGACGACAACAGGAGGGACAAAGAGGAAGUGAUUGAGAAUGGUGGAAUUGGAGUGAUUGGUCACAUGAGAGAUGGGAUAAGAAAGUAGAGUAAAAAUAUUUAUCUAAAAUAGGAUGUGACAUCAGGGCCCUACUGAUUGUAUAAGAGGAGCUCUAUGAGCCGUCACCUGCUGUGGAUUGUGAAUACGUUGUUGUUGAUGCAGUUGAAGGGUUGUACCAGUAUAUGAAGGAUUAAACGUAAUGCAAAAAAUACAUGUCACAAGUUUUUACAGUGUUUCAAUGUAGAUUAUAACAGACAUUUUCUAAACCAUCCCUAAUCAGUGGAGGUUUUUGCCUUUGGCAUUAAAACUCUUCUUAAUACACAUUAAACAUUUAAGAAUUGGAGCAACUUUAUUUAGCCAGAAAUUUAGACCCUUUAACAUUUACAGCACUACAUCAUUUGAUGUGCAAAUUUAAAACCAAAUAGAAAAAUAAUUGUUAAUAAAAAUAAGUGUUACCCAAUGUAACAAUGCCUUUGAACAAUUGUGUGAGCAUCAGAAAUUAGAAUUUACUUAACAUUAUACAAGUGGUAAAGCAAAUAAACCAUGCAUGUCUUCAAAAAAACAGGAAAACUUGGAAUUUGGGUGAACAGACAUGUAAAUAAAUACUUUAAUAAAAUACUUUAGAUGUAUCUGCUCAUAUAAAUCAUGCUAAUUGGACAUUUGAUUGGCAACAUACAUAUUACUAUAAUAGUAAACGUUAUAGAAAUGUAUUCUCUGUUUCAUGGACUCUACAAAUCCAUUUCAGGAUACAAGUGUAUGUACAAAUAUGUGCUUGCCUUUGUAUAUGUGUAUUUUUUGCAUAACUUGUUAUAGUUAAUCUUUGGAUGUACUUUAGCUGAACAGUGGUACAUCAUCCCAGAUAGACUCUAGUUAAAAUGACACAGUGGGAGACAAAAAAACAGUACCUAUAUUGGAUUAAAGUUGCAUAAAUUUUACUGGCACAGACAAGAAAGCGAUUAGAGGUUUGGUAUAUCCUACAGACAAAUUAUAAUCCCACUAAUAUAAUAUUGAUUUUUAACUUGCAGCCACAUUGCUGUGCCACUGUCAGAUGGCUGACUCAAGCUUUCUGAGUAGCAAAUGUUCACACUAAGACAACACAGGUAUGGUGCAUAUGGAGCCUCCACUGAAAUUUAAACAUUCAGACCAGCAUUUCAUUCCCAGAAAAUGAAUGUGCUACUAUAGAUCAGGUUAUUAAGCUGACUACGGUGUGAACACUGUUGUCAAAACCUUUUUAAAAUUCACUCCAGAACAUUUCAGCUCGGUUCAGUGCAGAUAACGCAGUUCAGCUCGGGACAUGGCUGGGCGGAUCGUUUAUGGAUAUUAAGAUAUGAGAAAAGGUGAAGCCAGUUUGAUGCGCUCACAGAUGACAAACAAGCAGAAAGGUUUAAAUUAGACUUUUGAAGCCGACAGAGAGGGGAGUAGAUGUGUGGAAUGAGCAUUUCACUGCCUGUUCAUACAAAAUGUACUGUAUGUGCUAUAUAAACCGGAAUCAGGCGCACAGAUUUGGUAUAAUGGUUUGUUAGAAAUUAUGACAUGAAAUACUCAGUUUUUAUUUUCAUUCUGCAGCACUGUUUGAAUAUUUAGUCUUACUUUUAAUUAAUGUAAAAAGAAGUGAAACUCCAGUUGUAACACAAACUACUAAGAUAUGUAACAUAUGGAUGUAUGGUGUGUGGGCCGAGAGUGAGUGUGUCCUUGUUUGGCUGUUGAACUGUAGGCUAGUGAACCCUUCAUCACCAUGUCUGUACGCUCUAACAGUGACCUGAACAUAGCUGGUAUUGGUCUCAAUGCUUUUCAAUACUCUUUUUUUUUUUUUGUCAAUUUAUUUAUUGUUUUUGCCUUGAAUAGAGCACUGUUUUAGUGGCUGUUUCAAACUGAGGAGGAAAUAAUUAAAGGUGGAAAGGAGGUUGUUUGCAGUUUUUGUAAACAGACUUUUUUUUUUUUUUUUUUGGAUUAUCGUUUAGAAAGGGGAGUCUUUUGUUUUUCAAGGAGGGGGCAGGGGAGGGGACUGCUGUAUGUGUGUUCACAUGCCGAUGCUGUGUAUGAAUAUAACCGGGUGAGAGGGUGGAAGGGGAGAGCAGCAGGCUUGGACUUUAUCCCCCAAAAAGAAACAUGUUUGAGAAAACCCGAAGCAUAACUGGACAUAUGUAUGCUGAAUGUACUACAAGAUGAAACGGGGACUGGAACUGUUUGACUUUGUUGCUGUAAAACUGUGUUAUUGGUUUUCAGCAGCAGAAAGCAAUAGAGGGAUAGUGUGCAUGUACGUACAUUCACAUUGAUGUUCCAUUGUGGGUAUGUUAAAGGAAAAUACCAAUGUUUGUCCGUUGUAGGCUUUUUGUGCUCCCUAUAUGGCUCUGAUGGUAUGAGUUGGAGUUUAGACACCCUUUUCUAUACAUCCGAUGAUGCUGCUAGAGCCAAAAACCACUCGAGUGAAUGUGCAUGUGCUAUAUGUUAAUCGAUUCCAGUGCGAACCGUAACAACUGAAUUCACUGCCAAUUACCUAGGGUAAGUUAUCGCUUGAAUAAAAGGUUUGUAAUGCCCUGCGGAAAAGACACGCAUAAAUCCAAAUGAUGGAUAACAACUCAGGACAAGACAAGAGUGCUGAAAGUGGAGGUUUUUAAACAUCCAGCGGGAUCUGUAAUAAGAGUCAAGGCUAAGCUGCACACUUCAUGUAAUGGUACAGAAUGGCCAUGAGAGGAGAUACAACACUGUUAUUUUCCUUUAAAAUACCCUUGUGUUAACAGCACAAGAAGUUAUCUAACUAAACAAUAAUGUCUGUUUUU